AUGCAGCUGAUCCAGACUAUUGCCGGUUUUAUGCUAGCAGCCAGAAACAUACCCAUCGCUUCUGCAUUACAAACGCCAGCGGAGUUUCACCUCGUAUCUUCCAGUUCCGACACGGCUUUGGACAAUCUCUACCUCUCAACCAAAUCUACAGGCCCACUCAACAGCAACCCUGUCUUCCGCGAUCCAGCGAACGCUGCUAGCUUCUAUCUGACAAACACGACGCUCAAUUACGAUGCACCCAACAAAGCACCUUGGGCCUUGGCAUUAUUGCGAGGGAACACCGCACAGGGAAACAUGGAAGUUAGUGUGAAUCCUAGCGUGACAGUCGCUAUCAGUACUGGAUUUCAUAUCAAUGGCGAUAUGCAUCUGUACAGUGAGAGCCCAAGCUGGGGUGGCUGGCUAGGUAAGUCAUCACUCAGCAUGAACAUUCUUCUGCUUCUCGCUCUCCCCGAGUCAUGA